AACCCCCUUUCCGAAAUGGCUAAGCUAGCAUUCCUGUUGAGUGUAUUUCAUGCUACGCUUAUUUCUGGUCUUCCUGCUCGCGAACAGAAGCGUGAACCUGAUCCUUUUGGUGGACGAGCUAUUACGAUCUCUUCAGGUCUAGAUGUGACGACCAGCUACAGUUCGGCACCGCUUUCGUCUUUGCAGACUGCAACGGCUACUCUGUCACCAUCGCUCUCUGGAUCCAUUCUGACUGGUCUUCCAUCUGGCGGUAAUUCUGCUAAUCCUCUUCCUACCGCCCCAGUAUCCACGCCGCUUGGUUCCCUCGCACCCAUUGGUACAACACUUGCGCCCGGAACAACAUCCCCAGCAGGGGCAGCCGCCUCCAAUAUCUUCGUUCCCAUGGCCAGUGAUGCUCCUCCGCAACAAAUAUCUACCCGCGACGACCACCCGGUGAAGAAGCUGGGUAUCUUAGAUAAAGGCGGACCGAUCGAGACGAACAAAUUCUACGCAAACUUUUUCUUAGGAAGCCAGACAAACUCAGUCUGGACACAUCCAUAUUCCCUGGCAUGGGCCAAAGGACAUGGAAAUACAUAUGGAAUGGCCGUUACCCACGUCGAACGAAGUCAAUUUGCUUGGGAUAGUGGCACCCCGCCCCGCUACUUCAUCGGACCGAUUGGCUUGCAACACAUCGUCUUCUCUGCAGAAGAGCUUAGCAAAUCAACGACUCUAUCCACGGAGUCCUUGACUGCGUUUUCAGUUUAUGCCAAUUUGGCCCCUUCUGCAGAUGCUACACCUCUUAUCUCGAUUCCUUGCGUUCAAGGCAUGGGAUUUGUUACAGCACUUUAUAACAAGGCGAAACCGUUGUUAAGUAGUGGUACUUUCUUCCGGACUCUGAAAUACGUGGGCCAGCUUAAUGGUGUCACAUACAAGUACCAAAUCCAGCUAGAGGAUAGCUCAGAGUGGCUAUUAUACGCUACACCCGUCGCUAGUCUUGGUGCCCCUCCCUUCACACUAAAGGACAGUGCUACCAUCGUUGGUCCCGCAGAUUUCAUCGGAAUAAUCCAGGUCGCGAAGAACCCUGCCAACACCACCGGUGAGAAAGUCUUCGAUUCAUCCGCCGGCGCCUUCGCUACUAAUGCCACCAUUUCCGGAUCAGUAGAUGGCAGUUCGGGAAGCUACACCAUUGCUUGGGGCAAAGAUGGGAUCGCAAAUCAGACGCUGCUCAUGUUUGCCUUGCCGCAUCAAGUAGAAUCGUUCGAUUCUAAUACUGCAGCGGCUCUAACUGACAUCUCUCUGGUUACAACUACCAAGGGCUAUGCGCGGGCCAUUGCCGCUAACAAAAUGACCAUGGUCGAACCCAACCUACCUUCAACUGUUGGUUUUGCCCCUUGGAUACCAGCCAGCAACGGCGGGAAUGGUGGCUCGGAAAAUAACGUCCUUAAUUCCGCCGCUAUUGCGGCUGUGAACAGCGCCGGAGCUCUCGAGCUAAACGAAGACAUCAACAGUCAAACACGCCUCGACAGUAUGUAUUAUAGUGGUAAAGCUCUGGCAAAAUUCGCGGGCAUAGUAUAUACACUUCAAACAAUGACCAAGAACUCUAACCUCGCCGCCGCUGGCCUGAUCAAACUAAAAGACGCCUUCAACGUCUUUGUCAACAACACGCAACCUCUGCCUCUUGUCUAUGACUCCCAAUGGAAAGGUGUAGUCUCCUCCGGCACAUAUAAAAACGGCGACUCCGGUCUGGACUUUGGAAAUGCAUAUUACAACGACCACCACUUCCACUACGGCUACUUUGUCUGGACUGCGGCUGUUAUUGGCUACUUGGAUCCUAAUUGGUUGGGAGAAGGCACGAAUAAAGCCUGGGUCAACAUGCUUGUCCGAGACUACGCGAACCCUAGCACUUCAGAUCCUUAUUUCCCCUUCCAACGCUCGUUUGAUUGGGUCCACGGCCAUUCCUGGGCCAAAGGGCUUUUCGAAUCGGGAGACGGGAAGGAUCAGGAAUCCACCUCCGAAGACACGUUCGCAACCUACGCACUCAAGAUGUGGGGAAAGAUCUCGGGAGAUGCGAAUCUCGAAGCCCGUGGAAGUCUGCAGCUCGCAGUGCAAGCGCGUUCUCUCCGAAAUUACUUCUUGCUAAGCAGUGACAAUAAAGUCCAGCCUUCACAAUUCAUCCCUAACAAAGUAACGGGGAUUUUGUUUGAGAAUAAAGUCGACCAUACGACAUAUUUUGGCGCGAACCCAGAGUACAUCCAAGGCAUCCACAUGAUCCCGUUAAACCCUUCCAGCGCCUACACUCGCCCGGCCUCUUUCGUCAAGGAAGAAUGGGACGUAUAUUUCAGCAACGGACGGGCAGACAAUGUCACAGGUGGCUGGAAAGGCAUUUUGUACGCCAACCUAGCCCUGUUUGAUCCUACUACGGCGUAUAAUUUCUUUUCAAAUCCGAACUUUGAUCUAGGCGUCUUGGAUGGUGGGGCAAGUCGGACCUGGUACCUAGCUUUCUCGGCAGCGAUGGCUGGUGCA